GGCGCAGAGCCCACCUCGCCGAAUUUGAAAAGGCGGCCCUGAGAGGCGUGGGCGCCCCCCAGGCACUUCCAGCUCGGACCCGGGCUCCGCUCGCUCGUCGGCGCGCUCGCUCGGCUCCGGCGGGGGCCGCCGGUGCGCUCCCGACCGUCCUCCCGCCCGGGACUCCGGGUCCCCGCGGGCGGCCGCGCAAGAUGAAGCUGGCUCUGCUCCUGCCCUGGGCGUGCUGCUGCCUCUGCGGGUCGGCGUUGGCCACCGGCUUCCUCUACCCCUUCCCAGCCGCGGCCCUGCAGCAGCACGCCUAUCCUGACCCGGGCGCCGGCUCCCCCGGCAGCGGGUACGGGGGCCGCCGGCACUGGUGCCAUCACACGGUGACACGGACGGUGUCCUGCCAGGUGCAGAACGGCUCGGAGACGGUGGUCCAGCGCGUGUACCAGAGCUGCCGGUGGCCUGGGCCCUGCGCCAACCUCGUGAGUUACAGGACUCUGAUCAGACCCACAUACAGAGUAUCCUACCGAACGGUGACGGCGCUGGAAUGGAGGUGCUGCCCUGGCUUUACCGGGAGCAACUGUGACGAGGAAUGCAUGAACUGUACCCGGCUCAGCGACAUGAGCGAGCGGCUGACCACGCUGGAGGCCAAGGUUCUCCUUCUGGAAGCAGCAGAGCGGCCCCCAGGCCCAGACAAUGACCUUCCGACGCCCCAGAACACCCCACCACCCUGGAACGAGGGUCUCCUCCCUGACGCCAUCCCGCUUGCCCACCCUGGGCCCCAGAGGAGAAGGCCCACAGGCCCGGCCGGGCCCCCUGGACAGACGGGACCACCAGGGCCUGCGGGUCCCCCAGGCUCCAAAGGUGACCGGGGUCAGGCAGGAGAAAAGGGCCCAGCGGGGCCUCCUGGCCUCUUGGGGCCGCCAGGGCCCCGUGGGCUGCCUGGAGAGAUGGGGCGCCCUGGCCCCCCCGGCCCCCCUGGCCCAGCAGGCAGCCCGGGCCUCCCUCCAAAUGGCCCCCAAGGCGUCCUUUACUCCCUGCAGCCACCGACGGACAAGGACAGUGGAGACGUGCAGCUGGCCUCCGCAGCCGUGGACACAGUGUUGGCGGGUGUCCCAGGGCCCCGGGGUCCCCCUGGCCCCCCAGGGCCCCCUGGACCACACGGCCCCCCUGGACCCCCGGGUGUGCCUGGAUCCCAGGGCCUGGCUGGAGAGAGGGGCGCCACGGGGCCGUCUGGGGAGCCUGGCGGGAAGGGGGAAGAGGAGGAGAAAGCCGCUGCUGAGGGCGAGGGGGUGCAGCAGCUGCGGGAGGCCCUGAAGAUUUUGGCCGAGAGAGUGCUCAUCCUGGAACAUAUGAUUGGGAUCCACGAUCCCCAGGCCACCCCUGAGGGGGGCUCUGGCCAGGACGCCGCCCUGAGAGCCAACCUCAAGAUGAAGCGCGGAGGCCCCCCACCCGAUGGCUCCCUGGCCGCCCUGCUCGGGCCCGACCCUGGGCAGAGGAGUGCUGGCCGGACCAGCGGCGGGAAGUAAGAGGCCAGCUCUCCCAGAGGAGCCCCGGCUCCGCCAGAGACCCCACCCCGAGGCCUGUGCUGCCGUCGGCACUGAGGAUGCCCCAAGUGGGACUGGGCUCCAGGCCUGGGUGCCCGUCAGGGAUACUGGCUCCCGGGGGCCUUGGGGACAUAUGGCAACGCCAGAGGUGGGGGCCAGAGGGGCCCAGCGCCCCCGGCGGAGCCCUGCCCUGGUCCCUGCCCUCCCCACCCCCACUCCCUGCUGGAGACGGGGUCUGGUGGCUGGGUGGGGCGCAGGAAUCGUCAUAAUACUCAUCAUUUACUGGGUCCCUGAGUCGUCUGGGCCCAUCCGA